AUGAUUGCUCGAAGUCUAAUAAAAAAGAGUCUGAGUCUAGGCGUCUCGUUUCGAUCACUAGCCACAGACUCCACCCUUUCAGCAGCAUCUUCCACAGUUUCCAUUUCAUCCUCAGCAACAGUCACCACCACCGGCGCCACAGCAAAAGCAACGGAAUCAACCAUAACCAAGCAUAGACGAAAAAGAACCUUUUUCACGGACGAGUUGAACAAAGGCCCUUCAUUCGAUGACUUUGUCAGUGGUAAAGCGAAAGAUUUGCUCGAAGACCCACUCGAGCUUGCACGCAAAGACCCCAAUGCAAAGCUUCCUAGUUGGUUAAAAGUGCCCAUCCCCAAGGGCAAGUCGUUCCACAACGUGAAAAAGGAUGUACGCGACCUCAAACUCUCCACUGUGUGCGAAGAGGCCAAAUGCCCCAAUAUCGGCGAAUGCUGGGGCGGUAAAAAGAGCGAAGCCACUGCGACAAUUAUGUUGUUGGGCGAUACUUGUACUCGAGGCUGCAGAUUCUGUUCCGUCAAAACCAACAGAACCCCAGCUAAGCCCGACCCCAUGGAGCCUGAAAAUACCGCCGAGGCUAUAAGUCGAUGGGGAUUGGGAUACGUGGUGUUGACCACGGUGGAUCGCGAUGAUUUAGUCGAUGGCGGUGCUCACCAUUUGAGAGAAACCGUGCAAAAGAUUAAACAGAAGGCGCCCCAGAUUUUGGUUGAAGUUCUAGGCGGCGAUUUCCGCGGCGACUUGGAAAUGGUGAAAGUGUUGGCGACAUCGGGGUUGGAUGUUUAUGCCCACAAUUUGGAAACCGUUGAAGCAUUGACUCCGCACAUCAGAGAUAGAAGGGCAACUUAUAGGCAAUCGCUUGCUGUUUUGAAAACGGCAAAGGAGGCUAAACCAUCGUUGAUCACCAAGACGUCCCUUAUGCUUGGAUUUGGAGAGUCGGAUGACCAAAUUUUGGCAACGCUUCGCGACUUGCGCGAAGUUGGUUGCGACGUGGUUACGUUUGGCCAGUACAUGAGGCCAACCAAGAGACACAUGAAAGUUGUUGAAUACGUGACGCCGGAGAAGUUUGACUCGUGGAGAGAUGUUGCUCUUGAGAUGGGGUUCUUGUAUGUUGCCAGCGGUCCGCUUGUUCGCUCUUCAUACAAAGCGGGCGAAGCAUUUAUCGAAAACGUGUUGAAGAAAAGAAGACACAACGUUGGCGAAACUCCAAGAUUGGGCGUGGAGGUCAGACCCACACCCACCAUCUUUCAAAGAUCUUGA